GGCAUGAAAACGAGCCUUUCAGUGGCUCCAAAAACGUUUUCCUGACGCGUGCCGCUUUCCCAGGUGUUCUCCGAGUGUUUUGAAGAAUUUAUUCGCGAAUAUGGCGGAUGUCCUGGAUAUUGAUAACGCCGAGGAGUUCGAGGUUGAUGAUGAAGGCGAUCAGGGAAUCGCCAGGCUCAAGGAAAAAGCCAAGAAAAGGAAGGGAAGAGGUCAUGGAGCUGAACUGGCGUCAACUCGUGAUGAUGUUGGACAUUAUGAGUCCAUGAAUGUUGUCGAGGAUGACGAUAAUGAACCUGGACCUCAAAGAUCUGUCGAAGGAUGGAUUUUGUUCAUAAAUUCAGUCCAUGAAGAAGCGCAGGAGGACGAUAUUCAGGAUAAAUUCUCAGAAUAUGGACAGAUAAAGAAUUUACACUUGAAUCUGGACAGAAGAACUGGAUUUUUAAAGGGAUAUGCACUCGUUGAAUACGAGACAUUCAAAGAGGCCCAGGCUGCCAAGGAGGCAUUAAAUGGGACUGAGAUCUUGGGUCAAGCCAUUUCUGUUGAUUGGUGCUUUGUUAAGGGACCGAAAAAGAUCAAGAGGAGAAGUCACAGAAGGCGAUGAGACUCGCCCUUGAGCCACUACCCACAUUUCUUGACGUUCAAUGAAUCAUAAAACACGGAGGAAUAUUUUGUAUUUAAGUCAUUAUUUAGAUAAGACAACGUUUUCUUUUAAGUCAUGAUUUAAUACAUGAGAAUAAAAUACAGUCUUUCUAAUUGAACUUGUUAUUCCCUAAAAUGAUCAACUGGACUGCCAACGUCGAAAUAUAAUUGAUAUUUGUAUACUUCACCAACGAAUAA